AUGCUAACGCAGCUCAAGCGAGCGACCGAGAACGGUGCGAUUGACGCGAUGGCCGUCGCCAAGGCGCUGCUUGGCGCCGACUUCAUCUCGCUGGCCGACUGCUGCUAUGCAUGGCCGGUGCUUGUGGCGUCCGUCAAGGUGGCCACGCCCACGUCGUCGCUGCAAGCCAGCGCGAGCAUGCUCGCACCGUUCUUCGCCACGCCGCACCAAUUCCACAUCGAGUACAUGCACGGCCUUGGCCGUGUCAGCGACGUCCUCCUGCAAUGGACAACGAACAUGGACGUAGCUGGGCGUAUGCUGCACGUGCUCGUGCACCAGCUCGUGCCCGACUACUUUACGAGCGCAAUGGUUGGCCUCGAGAACGACUGGAAGUUUGUCUACGGCGUUGUGCACCACUUUGACCCGCGGCUCGGCCCGCACCUCGCCGCGAUCCACGUCGCCUUGCCCGACGUGCUGGCCUCGUGGAGCUACCGCCUCUUUGUCGACGUGUUGCACCCGACGAUCGUCCGACACGUCUACACCUGGGUCCUCGCUGAGGCUGUGACCUCCCGCGCCCGGUCCAAGUGGCUCGUCUCGCUCAGCGCCGCGCUCUUCCUCUACCUUGGUGACGCGCUCCUCUCGGUGGCCGACGCGCCGAGCUUCCACGUCGUCCUCCGGCACUUUUGCACCGUGACGCUUGGCGACGAGGCCAUCGCGAAGGCGUUCCUUGACGUUGCCGUGACGCUGCAUGGCUACAUCAAAGCACCGUUCCCGCCGCUGCGCCUCCAGUCGCCACCAGAUGAACUCUCGAGCGGCCGGCUCUUUGUGCGGCCCACCGAGGCGGCCACACUGAGCCUCGCGCCAACGCUGCACCCGUGGCCACCGGCUCGGGACGGCGCGAGCUGUGCGCGGUACCUCCACCACCGGCCACGAGCGUUCUCGGACAUUGAAGCCAGCAUUGAAAAAGACAUCCCACGCACCUUUGUCGUACCACCCGAGGCCGGACCGGCGCUCACGCGCGUCCUCACCAGCUUUGCGAUUCGGUGUCCGCGCAUUGGGUACUGCCAGGGCAUGAACGAGAUCGCGGCCGUGCUCCUAUCGUCGGCCAAGAUGGACGAAGAGAAGGCGUUUUGGGCGCUGGUCUACCUCCUCGAAGACGUCUUGCCCGAGUACCAUACGCACUCGAUGGCCGGUCUGCACACGGACUGCAGUCUUCUCCAGUCAUGGCUGUUACGCAACGAUCCGUACCUGAGCCAGCACUUGGCCGCGCUCGGCCUCAACAUGGAAGUGCUCUGCACCGCGUGGCUCGUCACGUGCUUUGUGACCAGCGCACCGGCUCCGUUUUACCAGCGCUUGCUGGCCGCGGUCUUUGCCGCACCAUCGGCGCAGAGCGCGUCACGCAUUCCGCUCGUGACGGCGCUGGCGAUCCUGCUGCAUCUCUCGCCGCAGCUUACGCUCGAGCGCGAAGCCGGCGUUGUACUACGGCGGCUCAAGCUCUUCUUGAGCUCGUUGGCGACGCCCGAGACGGCCUCGUCGUUUUUGGAAAUGUGCAGUGUGCUGUGGGCCCAACUGCCGCCACCCGAGCUCUCGUCGGCCCGCGAUGUCCACUUGAGCUCGGUUCACGCAGCUUUUGAUGCCCGUGAGUCCAAGAAGGCCGCGCUGCGCGAGCAAAAGCUGACGCCGUCCAAAGCCAUGGUGACGUCGUCCCGACGCCGGUUUGGCCUCGUGCCCAUGCCGUCCCCGCCCAAGUCCCCGAUCCGCAAGCUCGGCGAGUCGGUGCGCAAGAACUUUCGGAUACCGCGGUCGUCGGACGACGACGACGACGGAGACAGUGACGCGUCGGACGCGACAAUCUCGGUCCGACAACACCUCGAGACAACCGCGCAGCUGUACGAAAGCGAAGCCAUCGAUGCCGACGAGCUGGACGCGAUCCAGCGACGCAUUUUAACCGCAUGGCUCGACGCGCUUCAGACGCCCGCGCACGUUGCGGACCGCGUGACGCAACUCAAAAACGCGAUCGACCCAACGCCCGUCGAUGAGUUUGAGCCGGUUGUCGAGACGCCCAAGAAACGAGGGUACGGGUGGCACCGCGCAAAAGCCAAGGUGACGGCACUGGGCGCGCGGCUGCGACCAAAGGCGAUGCCCAAGCCCGACGACCGACGGGCAUCGGCACCUCGCGCCAUGUCGUUGACGCUGAGUCCGACGGCGCUCACGUUAGACGUGAUUGGCAACGGGAUCUACGAGGACGACCAGCGCGUCGCCAGGAAACUCGAGCUCAUGUCGCACUCGCUCUUUGACGAAGCAGCCCAUUAGGCGCGUGUGAAUAUAGCAUUUUCUACGCUUU